AUGCCUCAAGAUGAUGCUACACGAAUCCUGCUCUGCUCUUUGCUUUUCUCAAUUCUCAUACAUUGUACGGGUGGUUCAAUCAUCAGCUCCAUUAUUCACGUAUUAUGUUUUAUAUCAUUGAUCAGGGCAAAGGUGUAUGGUUGGCCAAAUACGUACGUAUUUACAAAAGCAAUAGCUGAAAUGCUUGUAGAACAAAUGAAAGAAACUAUUUCGGUUGUUAUUUUGCGUCCUGCCAUUGUUACAAGUACAUUCAAAGAACCUUUUCCUGGCUGGGUUGAAGGUGUAAUAACAAUUGAUAGUUUAGGUGUUGCUUAUGGGAAAGGAAAACUAACAUGCUUCCUUGGAAACAUCAAUGGAGUUGUGGAUGUGAUACCAGCAGACAUGGUGGUGAAUGCAAUACUGGUGGCCAUGGUGGCCCACGCAUAUCAUCCAAGUGAUGCCAUAUACCAUGUGGGUUCCUCUGUUAGAAACCCUGUUAGAUACGCUAAUCUCCAAGACUAUGCAUUUGGGUAUUUCACUGCAAAACCUUGGAUAAACAAAGAUGGAACACCUGUCAAGGUUGCCCAAAUUACUGUCCUCACCAACAUGGCUAGCUUCCGCAGAUAUAUGUUCAUUCACUACGUCUUUUGGUUGAAGGGACUUGAACUGGCCAAUAUAGCAUUUUGCAGGUACUUUCAGCGAAGAUAUGAAGAGCUGAAUAGGAAGAUCCAAAUUGUGAUGCGGUUGGUGGAGCUUUAUAGGCCUUACUUGUUCUUCAAUGGCAUAUUUGAUGAUAUGAACACAGAGAAGCUGCGAGUGGCAGCAACACAAGGAGGGGUAGAGACAGAUUUGUUUUGCUUCGAUCCUAAAGUCAUCAGUUGGGAUGAUUACUUUAUGAACACUCAUAUCCCAGGCCUCGUCAAGUACAUUUUCAAGUGAUCAUUAUAAUUAAUUAGCACUAUCCAAUAAAAAAAAAAUUAAAGUGAUUAUUUAAGCUGGUAUAUAUAUAGUGUCAUAUAUGUUAAGUACAAAUUUGUGCUAGAGUGAUUGAAUCCAUCUGUAUGUUAUUUAUUUGUUAAAGGCAGUGUAUGUAAUUGGUAUAAGCUAGCUGCCUUAGCUGCCUCCCAAAUAAAUUUGAAAACUUCAACACUGUAUCAUUGUAUUAUUUGUUGUCAUUUA